AUGUCGCACCUGAAGUAUUAUUGCUACGAAGGACUGGGUGUCAAGCAGCGCGAAAACUUCCACUACAGUCAAGCCGUUCGCGUUGGAGACAGAAUCGAAUGUGCCGGCCAGGGCGGCUGGGACCCAACGACUGGCGAGUUCGCAAAGGAGAUCAACGCACAGAUUGACCUGGCUUUCCAAAAUGUCGAAUUGAACCUCAAAGAUGCCGGCGGCAAAGGUUGGUCACAGGUCUUCCGUGUCAACUCAUAUCAUGUUCCGAUCAACAAAGAGGCUUUGGACGCCAUGGUCCGCAACUUCAGAAAAUACAUGCCCGACCACCAGCCAAUCUGGACCUGCGUAGGCGUACCGCGCCUUGGUGAAGAUGAUAUGCGCGUGGAGAUUGAGGUAGUUGCACACGACCCGAAAUAA